AUGAGCCUGAUGCAUCGUGGCUUUCUUGGAGCCGCUUUCUGGCAGACAGUCCAGGCCCAGGUUUCAGCACAGGCGCCCGGCAGCUGCCGCGGCAAGCGCCUAGGUGAGGCCUGCGAGGUUGAUGCAGGGCGCCUUGCCGUCGCUGCGCAGCGUCAAGGUGUUUGUGCUUCGCUGCAGGCACCGCAAGGCGGCGCAGAGCUUGUGUGCCUCGCGUGUGGAAGCUAUGCUUCUAUGGAUUUCGCUGACCGCCUCGGCGGCGAGCUAGGUCAGCUCGGAACUUGGGGUGUCCUGGCCGUGGGCGCCACAAUGGGCUCAGUUGUCACCUGUGGUCUGCUCACCGUGGCAUGGCACCUCCGGGGUCUCUUUGAAACACCCUUCGAGGAGCUAUCCAUGGAAGCAGAUGACUUGGUGGAGGAGUACAACAUGCAGAAGCAGCGCAGGUCGCUUCCGGCACGACCGGCCGCGGACGUGGAGCUUGGACAAAUCCUUGGGAAAAGCAGCAAGGCAGUGCGCCGCGAAACUUGCUCCAGGACAUCCUCGGGUGCGAGACGCAGCGCGUCAGAGGUCCGGGAAGCCGGGCCAGGACGGCGCAAGCCGGCUGCCGAGGCUUUAACAAGGCCGAGCUCGAUGCUCGCACAAACACGGUCUGCCAGUGCAGGCCGUGGUCGUGGGAGGGCCAUGGCUGCACCGUCCCGAGACUCGAAGUGGCUGCUGCUUGAGGCAGCGUUGGACCGAGACCAGCACACGGAGGACGAUGGCUUGGGUGCCCGGGCCAUGCCAGUGAGCAUUGGGAAAGUGGAGCGAUUUCAAGGCCUGGACAGCUUCAAGUCGAAAGGCGUGACCGAAUUCUCCAGAAGCACUAAGCGGGCUUGCGGCUUGCACUCGAGUGCAGUGCUACCCUUCGCGCAGCGAACACGACAGAAGCAGGGUCACAAUGCCCAAUCGGAACGGGGCAGCGCCCUCAGCGACCACGGCGGCGCCGCCGCCAACCCUGUGCCCACCGCGGCCGGCACGGUGACAGAGCCGGAGCAACGGCCUUCUUCCGAUGGUCGGUCCGAACAUGACGAGCCGGCACAAGUCCGGAAAGCGAAUGAGGAAAUGAAGAAGUACAAACCCAGCGGCAAAGAAAUCAAACUGUUUUCGGAGUUGGAGGACCCCUUAAGGCAAGUUAGCUAUAAGCCCAACUCCGCGAACACGUUGAGAUUGGCAAAAGGAGGGUCGUGGGUGGCAGAAGACAACUACGACAUCUUUACCUUGUUACGAGGCCUUUUCGGUUCCCGUGGCUUUAUCGACCCUCGGCUCCGCCUCAUCGCGACGGCACGGGGGCGCAGUGUCGUCACGGUUGGGAACUUGAAGCGACACGAGGUGCUUUUCCAGGUGCCCCUGAAGUCUGUGCUGCGACGCAAGCUUCCGUGGCGGGAGGUGCCCCUGUUCAAAGCCAGCCGCAAAAAUCUCUCCGAGGACGAGGAGAUAAUCCUGUUUCUGGCGGCCCUGCGAAAGUUCGGAGUCUACUCGGAGUGGUACCGCUACCUGCGAACUCUUCCUCUCGAAGAGGCCUCCACACCAGUGACCUGGAAGCCGAAUGAGAUCCACGCCCUGCGUGGGACACCUGCGCACUCGGAAGCCCGGACCCUGCGGAGGCAGCUGUCGGCCCUUUGCGAACGCUUCACUGAGCAAUUCGUCUGCGAGGAGCUUCGGUGGGCUGCGAGUCAUUACUGGAGCCGGGCAGUGGCCGUGGUCGGUGCGUCACCAAAGGCUUUUCGAGCGCUGAUCCCCGGGGUGGAUUUGUUAAAUUUCGACUCUGGAGCGCAGAACUACUUCCGCAUGGCUGGGAAGAGCAUCGUCUACAUUGCAGGCAAGGACUAUACAGCUGGCGAGGAGAUCCUCGACAGCUAUGGAGGAGGCAAGAACGACACCAACCUGCUGGUUCACUAUGGCUUUCUUGCGCAGGACUCAUGCCUUGCAUUUCAAGGGUCGAGCGGGGGACCAGCCAUGACCAUCAAGUAUUCCCGGGAGUCAAAGAACCCGAACAAGGCAUGCAAGGCACAGGGCGUUGACCUCAGGGUGCACUACAAGAACACCUAUGAAACCGCGCAGGCCAUCAAGGGCAUGACCCUUACGAAUGCCAAGCAGUACUUGCUGGAUGUUUGUGAGAAGAAAAGGUGCAUCCCGUUCCGCAAGUACACGGGUUGCAUUGGCCGAACUCCGCAGGCCAAGGAGUUCAAGAUGACCCAGGGCCGCUGGCCAGUCAAGUCGGCCAAGAUUGUCCUAGGGCUGCUCAGGAAUGCCGAGGCCAACGCAGAGUUCAAGAACUUGGAGACCGAGAAGUUGGUCGUGGAGCAUGUGCAGGUGAACGCAGCGCAGCAGGGCCGUCGACGAACCUACCGAGCUCACGGCCGCAUCGGCCCAUACAUGAACUGCCCGUGCCAUGUGGAGCUCAUCCUGUCAGAGCCCCUCGAUGGCGUGGAGAAGGCAGACGAGGAGGUCAAGCCGAAGAAGUUCACCCGAAAGCAGUUCGCCAAGCUCCGCCUGAAGGCACAAAUCAAGACAGAUUGUUGGCUCCUCUCGAGUAGGUGGCGACCAGUGAGAGUGAGAGGUCACAGUUCCCAGAGUCAGAGCUUUACUCACGGUGCACAGGGCUUGUGCAUUUUUUGGUCUGGUGGUGCAUGGUUAGCAGGUUCACCCCCGAACUUCUCCAAGCAGGUUUUUGUUUCAACGACAGGAGGCUUGGACACACUGGACCGCAUGCUCCGAUGGUUGGACUCUGGCGGUGCAUUUCCGGCUCGAACUCUGAUUCUUGUACAGGGAUCCAAAGAAACCGCGCUGCCUUUGGUUCAGGGCCACUCGGACGCGGAUGUGUCUGGUGAUCUGAAGUGCCAGGAAUCGUGCUAUGGAACUAUGGAGUGCAGCGAGAUGUGUAAGCGGUUGAAAGUGAUGAGGAGCAGUGAUUGGCAUCAGUUUGCGUACGUUCCACCCGAUGUGCGCGCUUCAUGUGAGCGGUGGAAGUGCAGUUUUCAGUGUCCCCGAGCCGAGGCCGCUGCCGGGGCCAUGACGAUCAAGUACUCCAGGGAGUCGAAGAACCCGUCGAAGGCCUGCAAAGCACAGGGUGUUGACCUCCGGGUGCAUUACAAGAACACCUACGAGACUGCACAGGCGAUCAAGGGCAUGACUUUGACUAAUGCGAAGCAGUACCUGCAGGACGUCUGUGAGAAGAAGAGGUGCAUCCCGUUCCGAAAGUACACAGGGUGCAUUGGCCGCACACCACAGGCCAAAGAGUUCAAGAUGACCCAGGGCCGAUGGCCGGUCAAGUCGGCCAAGAUCGUCCUUGGGCUGCUCAGGAACGCCGAGGCAAAUGCCGAGUUCAAGAACCUGGAGACGGAGAAAUUGGUCGUGGAGCAUGUCCAGGUGAAUGCAGCACAGCAGGGCCGCCGACGAACCUAUCGCGCACACGGCCGUAUCGGGCCGUACAUGAAUUGCCCGUGCCACGUGGAGCUGAUCUUGUCUGAGCCUCUGGAAGGCGUGGAGAAGGCAGACGAGGCGACCUGCGUGGUGCAGCUGACAAGAUUCGAAAAUCCGGGGGCUUGUGCAGGACUUGUUGAGGAGACUAGCGGCUAG